UAAUCCGUAUUUUUGCCAUCAAUUUUAAGGUUUUUCCAGUUAAAACAGAUUUACUCAUUUUUCCAUACUAUAAAUAGAUUUUAAUGUUGAAAUAUCAAUAAUUUGGGGUAUUGUUAGUUCUUGCAUUUUGAGAAAGUAUCUGCACCACCUUAAAUAGAAUCGAAGCCGCCGCUCAUGCAGGGAUAUAUUUUUUUUUCUGCAUUGACGUCACUGCACACAACAUAGAACAGAGGCUUUUCUUCAUGUUUCUCGUGCUGAAGUCAGGAUGUAGACAGAUGGCCAGACGAUGGUUGUGGGUUUAAAUCCAACUGACCGCUGAUUUGUUGUGAAUUUACCCGUGAGAACACGCUGUCCGAGGAUAACCGCAACUCAACCACCGUUGUGCAGAGGGCGGCCCGGGCAGGAGCCCACAACACCGAGCAUCAUGAUGGAGGGGGGCAUGCAGCUUCUCAACCGCGACGGCCACAGCAUUUCACACAACUCAAAGCGCCACUAUCAUGACUCAUUCGUGUCCAUGAACAGGAUGCGACAGCGUGGACUGCUGUGUGACAUCGUGCUUCAUGUCUCCAACAAAGAAAUCAAGGCACACAAAGUGGUGCUCGCAUCCUGCAGCCCCUACUUCCACGCUAUGUUUACCAAUGAGAUGUCUGAGAGCCGGCAGACCCAUGUGACCCUCCAUGACAUCGACCCUCAAGCUUUGGAGCAGUUGGUCCAAUAUGCCUACACAGCAGAAAUCGUAGUCGGAGAAGGCAACGUUCAGACGCUGCUCCCAGCUGCAAGCCUGCUGCAGCUCAACGGGGUGCGCGAUGCCUGCUGUAAGUUCCUUCUCAGCCAGCUGGACCCCUCCAACUGCCUGGGUAUUCGGGGCUUUGCUGAUACACACUCCUGCAGUGACCUGCUUAAGUCUGCGCACAAGUAUGUGCUGCAGCACUUUGUGGAAGUGUCCAAGACGGAAGAGUUUAUGCUCCUGCCACUCAAGCAGGUCCUGGAUUUGAUCUCCAGUGACAAUCUCAACGUCCCAUCUGAAGAGGAGGUUUACCGGGCCGUGUUGAACUGGGUGAAGCAUGACAUUGACGGCCGACGGCAACAUGUACCCUGGCUGAUGAAGUGCGUGCGCCUGCCCCUCUUGAGACGAGACUUUCUGAUGAGCAACGUGGACACGGAGCUGCUGGUGCGUCACCACUCGGAGUGCAAGGACCUGCUGAUUGAGGCUCUCAAGUAUCACCUGAUGCCUGAACAGAGGGGGGUCCUGAGCAACAGCCGGACGCGUCCUCGGCGCUGUGAGGGAGCCAGCCCUGUGCUCUUUGCUGUUGGUCAGUGUGCCCCUGAAGGUGGGGGUAGCCUAUUUGCCAUCCAUGGGGACUGUGAGGCGUACGACACCAGGACGGACCGCUGGCACAUGGUGGCGUCCAUGUCCACGCGGCGGGCACGGGUGGGUGUGGCAGCCAUAGGGAACAGACUAUAUGCUGUUGGAGGGUAUGAUGGAACCUCCGACCUCGCCACUGUUGAGUCCUAUGAUCCCAUCACCAAUUCAUGGCAGCCUGAGGUUUCCAUGGGAACAAGACGGAGCUGUUUGGGUGUAGCUGUUCUGCAUGGCUUACUCUAUGCUGCUGGAGGUUACGACGGUGCUUCCUGUCUCAACAGCGCAGAGCGUUAUGACCCCCUGACCAGUACAUGGACAUCUGUGGCUGCAAUGAGUACUCGGAGGAGAUAUGUGCGAGUGGCCACUCUGGAUGGUAGUCUUUAUGCUGUGGGAGGUUAUGACAGCUCCUCACAUCUGGCAACAGUGGAGAAAUACGACCCGCAGAGCAACACUUGGACGACCAUUGCCAACAUGCUGAGUCGCCGCAGCAGCGCUGGCGUGGCCGUACUGGACGGCAUGCUGUACGUGGCGGGAGGCAACGACGGCACCAGCUGCCUAAACUCAGUGGAGCGGUUUAACCCCAAGACCAAUACCUGGGAGGGAGUCGCUGCCAUGAACAUACGCAGGAGCACUCACGACCUGGUGGCCAUGGACGGCUGGUUGUACGCCGUUGGGGGAAAUGACGGCAGCUCCAGCCUCAACUCCAUAGAAAAAUACAACCCACGGAGCAACAAGUGGGUGGCGGCUUCCUGCAUGUUCACGCGGCGCAGCAGCGUGGGUGUGGCGGUGCUGGAGCUUCUGAACUUCCCUCCGCCCUCCUCGCCCACCCUCUCUGUGUCUUCCACCAGCCUUUGACACGGGGUCAGCUUCUGGCUGACCCCAGCCUCUGAUGCUGCAGCCCAGACCGGCUCUGGGAAGAGACGCAACUGCUCAGUCUGACAGGUGGUGCUUGAGAGUGGACAGGUACAUGAAUGAUCUGCAUGAAUGAGGCUCUAGGCGAGGUACAGUACAGUCCAGAAUUAAUAGCCAGUCACAAUUAACUUAAAUAUAUAUAUAUAAAUAUAUAUAUGAACUUUAAUCAAAAGACUUUUAAAAAGUACUUUUUUUAUUUUCAAAUUCCAGCAGUAAAUACUUUCCUCCUUCUUUAUAAAAAGUCUAAAAUGAAAUAAUUAUACACCAUCCUUAAAGUGAAGCCUUUUCCUGUAUAUGGCUACUUCUCCAUGCUGCUGUAUAUUCUGGACUGUUCUGUACCUUUGUUCAGGUCUGAAGGAACGAGUAAUCCCUGUUAGUCCAGAGAUAUCAGCUUUUACUUUCUCAAAUUGUUAUUUUAUCACUCAUUUUCACACAGAAAAGGGGAUCCUAAAUCGUUCUUUUAUGUUUUUCUCUUCAAGAUCAUUCUUUAUCAGAUGUUUUUCCAGAAGAGGGUGAAAGAGACAUUGAAUGGCUUUACUUUUUUGGAAUGUGGCUUUUUAAGUGUUUGUGCAAUGCAUGUUUACUCCUAAGACGAGAAAUGUUGUAGUACUGCAAUGUCACACUAGGUGGCAGUAACUGGCAAUGUUAAAAAACUUUUCUGGCUGCAGACAAUGGACUCCAACCAGUGAGGCCCAGAGACUGUAAAUUCGUUUUUUUUUUUUACAUAAAACACAAUUAUUUUGGAUUAUAUGUAUUUAUAAGAUGUAAUAUAUGCUGUUUUAAAGAAACGUUGAGAAGGAGACUAUUUAAUAGUGUUUUUUUUUUAAUAUAUUGCGUGGCAUGCACAUCGUCACUGGAGCGAUAGAUACAGCGUUGGCUUAAGAGAGACGACGGCUGACUGUGAGUGCAUCUUCACACAUGAACACUGGUGCAUUUCUUUUUUUUUUUUUUAGAGCAUUGCAGUGUCUGUGGGAUGAGGUUGCAUCCGGUCUGUAGAGGUUAGGCGGACUGACAGCUGCAUUGUGACGUGCAGCAUCUUUUUCUUUCCUUACUGUUUUGUUCACUGCCAGGAGCAUGACCUCACAUGAACACAUGUACCUUCAAUCUGCUGCAUACGACACCGGGAAGCCUGUUGAUCAUUCAGUGACAUGACUCGGUUAUUUUCGGUUCCAUUCAAAAUCAGAAAAAAAUGAUUAAAUUGAUGUAAUAUUGCAGUUUUACAGCAGAGGCUGUUUAACUUUGGUUUACAAAUAUUUAAUAGUGGUUUUAUUGACUUUUUGCUGCGUUCAUUUUUCCAUUUGUCUCACUUUGCUGUUGAAAUAUAUUCAGUUCUAUUUAAAAACUAAAGGAUUGCAUUUACUUUUACAGUCAGUGGAGCAGAUAUAUGGUGGACCAGGAGUUCUUUUAAAAUAGUAUGUCAGCCUUUUUGAUCACCAGCUAAAUAAUGAAUAAUGCAAUAUUAAUCCAGCUAUUGAUUUACUUAUAGAUUUAAUGCAAAUCGUCAUGUAAUUCCUUCUUUUUAAUCUGCAUUUUAAAAUUAAGUAAAUGUUGUGCUUUAAAAACAUAUUUGGAAAUGCAAUAUAUAAAAAAAAAAAAAACAGUAACUGCAUGAGGCAUCUCCUAAAUUUGUCGAAACUUUCUCCGUUCAUAAAUUUAAAAAAAGUAUUUAACAUAUUUAAACUAAUUAAAGUAACUAAAUUAACUAAAACUAAUUUAAACUCACUUUUUUUCUGAAUUGUUGACAUUUUCGAUUUAGCUUGACAGUUACCUCUGUCAGGUAUAUCAUACAAUUAGUUCUAAUUUUAGAAACAUUAUUUCCAAAUGCAUUUUCAAUCCCAGUAUUUAAUAAUUAACGAAUGAGUAAUAAUGCAAAUGUUGUUUAUAAAGUGGGAAAUAAAAAAUACGUAAUUAAAUGUAUUAAACUCAUUGGAAUUCGUGCUUAGCAAUCCUUUUAUUUAUUUCACAAAUACUGAUCAUCUAAAGGCUGUAUUACUACCCUCCUGUUCUUUCAUAUGCAUAAUAUAAAAUUGAAAACCUGCAUUAAAAAAAAAAAAAAACCUGUUGGUGGGUGUUAUGUGGAUGCAGUUCUUGUGCAGUGAGACCAUUUCAAACUUCUGAGAAGUUGCCUUUUCUCCUUAUUUUGAAGGAUUCAGUUGAUAUGAUUAUUAUUAUUCUUUUUUGUUCUGAAGCAAAUGAAAGUUUUGUGUGCAAAGGAGGAAUGUGGCGGAGCUGUGAUGGCCUUACAGACACGCCAGUGGGCGGGGUGCCAAGUUAAACCACAAGGUGUGCAAAACUAUUAAAUCUGGCAUCCAUUCUGUGGGUUGAAGUGUGUAUAUUUACAGCUCAAUUAUCCUCAUCGUGCAAUUUCAACACAACUGUAGCUUUUUUUUCUUUUCUGUUUGUGGUAAAUGUGGUGAUACCUGUUUAUUUAUAAUGUUUGUUAUUUAUGACCUUAAAAUGUUGUAUUUUGCACUAUCGUGAAAUGGAGCAAUACCGUACACUAAGAAAUGAAAUAAAACGGUUUUCAGAUCUGACAACUGUUUGAUUAUUCUGAAAAAGUUUGAUUAUUGAAAUGUGAAUUUUUUUAGUAAUUUUAAAGGGAAGUUGGAGGCUGACUCCACCCACAGCCGAAAUUGGAAAAUCCAGUCAGAUGGGAGGGGCUGGGGAACAGGACUGUUAUCAUUACUGGAGCUUCAGAUCAUGACUUAAAUGGUUUGACUAAUACCAAAAUUCAACUGUAAUACCGCGUUCCAGCCUGUAGCAUACAGACAGUUUUGACUACAUUAAUAAAACACGUUUAUUCUAAUUUAUCCAAAAUUUAGCAAUGACCAUCAAAAAUCACCUUUAAAGCCCCAUUUAUAGAGGUAAACAGCCAAAAAAAUAUGAAUUAGUUUAUAUGAUGCCCAUUCAAAAAGGCCAAAGAUACUAUUUACACAGAAGCAAAUAUAUAUACAUAAACAAACACAUACAUAUACACAGAUACCUACAUACUCAGUAAUACAUUGUUAAAUUGGAUUGCUAUUGAUCAAUUAUUUGACAUUUUAGUUGUAACCCAAUUAUAGAAUAGAGUUUAUUGUAACUGGCAGGUGCAGUAAAAUUGUUGACAAUCCAAAUUCAGCAGAGAAAUAGUAAACAAACAAACAAA